AUGUCAGACAUUGUAGUCCCAGUUGCUGCUGCACUCCGCUCACCCUCGUUUUCCGAAAUUAUGACCAACGACGAAACACCUCUCGAACAAAUCUUCUUGUCCGAUGUCUUCGCCGCUAAAAACUUUUUGAACCCAAACAUCCACCACACUCCUUUGGAAUCAAACGGCUCAAUCUCUGCCGACAUCGGAAUCGACACAUACCUCAAACUUGAAAACAUGCAAAAAAGUGGCUCUUUCAAAGUGAGAGGUGUCAUGAACAAAUUCAACGCACUCACCAUCGCAGAGAAGAAGCGCGGAGUCAUCUGCGCUUCAUGCGGAAACCACGGUCUUGCGGUCGCGUUCUGCGCAAAGACCUUAGACGUUCCGGCCACCAUCAUUUGCCCAUCGUUCACAUUCCCAAGAAGAGUUGAGACGAUGAAACGAUAUGGAGCCACCGUCGAAUUACACGGAAAUACAACUGAAGAAGCAGAGGCAUACGCUAAAAAGAUGUCUGAAGACAAGAGACUUGCUUACAUCGAAGCUAGAGACGACGUUUCCAUCAUUGCUGGUGAUGGGACCAUUGGUCUUGAAAUUCUCAAAGACUUACCGGAGGUAGAUGCUAUCAUAGUACCUGUAGGAAGUGGUUCUUUGAUAUGUGGUAUUGGAUUAGCAGUUAAGACUAUGGAUCCUCGUGUGAAAAUCUAUGGUGUUCAGAGCGAGAAAGGGUCAUCGGCGUAUUUGUCGAAGAAGCACCACGUCAUCUGCAGAACACAUCAAAAUGAAGAGAACGAGUUGACGGACGUGGUCAAUUCCAUUGGUCGAUUAACACUGAAAAUGAUUGACUCGUAUGUUGAUGAUAUCAUCACCGUCAACGAAAGUGAAAUCACAAAGGCAAUGAUGUUGAUGAUGGAAAGAAGUAAAGUUAUUGCCGAGGGUGCGGGUGUCUUGUCUAUUGCUGGAUUAUUAAGUGGAAGACUUCCUAUUGAGAAAGGACAGAAAGCUGUUUGUAUAGUUUCUGGUGGAAAUGUUAAUAUGCGACUCCUUAAUAACAUCAUCGAUGUCGGACUCAUCAACUGUGAGAGAAGCCUGAGAUUCGACAUCUUGUGCCCCGACUCUGGAGAUGUCUUGAACGACAUUGUCUCCAUUGUCGCUGAACAAAAGGCACAGUUGUACGAUGUACAAGUCAAAAAGAAUGCCGGCAUUGGAAUGUGUAAUGUCAGAUUAGUUGUUGAAGUAGCAGAUGGUGUUUACAAGAAGAGACUCGAAGAUGCACUCAAAGAGAAGGGAUAUCAGCCAGUCUUUAUCUAA